CCUUUUUUUAAUACUGAUAUAUUACAAGGUACUAAUGUUAUCCAUCACGUGAAAUCACGAGACUAGUACGAGGCGGUCAGUAACCGCCGCUCCUCACCGGGAAGGAGCCAAUCAAAAGGCCCAACGCGACCCAACGAACGGAUCAACAACGAAGUUCCCCCUUGUACAGCACAGACGGCUCCUCCUCCACAACAUUUCUGGUCGACUUUGUUUUCUCUUCCAUCUUCUCGUCCAUUCCUCCAUUCUUCAGACCACCGCGUUUGUUGUUUUGGGUUUCGUUUUCCCCUCCUGAUUUUUUAGCCUGAAAAAACAUUGACUCGAUCACAAUGAGAGAGAUUAUCAGUUUGAACGUCGGCCAGGCCGGUUGCCAGAUCGCCAACUCCUGCUGGGAGCUGUACUGUCUGGAGCACGGUAUCCAGCCCGAUGGAUUCCUCACUGAGGAGCGCAAGAAGGCCGACCCUGACCACGGAUUCAGCACUUUCUUCUCUGAGACUGGCCAGGGCAAGUACGUUCCCCGUACCAUCUACGCCGAUCUCGAGCCCAAUGUCGUCGAUGAGGUCCGUACCGGUACCUACCGUUCGCUCUUCCACCCCGAACAGAUGAUCACCGGUAAGGAGGAUGCUUCCAACAACUACGCCCGUGGUCACUACACCGUGGGUAAGGAGAUGAUCGAUGAGGUCCUCGACCGUGUUCGUCGUGUUGCCGAUGCUUGUGCGGGUCUCCAAGGUUUCUUGGUCUUCCACUCCUUCGGUGGUGGUACCGGUUCCGGUUUCGGUGCUCUCCUGAUGGAGCGUCUGUCCGUCGACUACGGCAAGAAGUCCAAGCUGGAGUUCUGUGUCUACCCCGCCCCUCAGAACGCUACCGCCGUUGUUGAGCCCUACAACUCUAUCCUCACUACUCACACCACCCUGGAACACUCCGACUGCUCCUUCAUGGUCGACAACGAGGCUAUCUACGACAUCUGCCGCCGCAACCUCGGCAUUGAGCGCCCUAGCUACGAGAACCUGAACCGCCUGAUCGCUCAGGUUGUUUCUUCUAUCACUGCUUCCCUGCGUUUCGACGGUUCCCUCAACGUCGACCUGAACGAGUUCCAGACUAACUUGGUGCCUUACCCCCGUAUCCACUUCCCUCUGGUCGCCUACUCCCCUAUCAUCUCCGCCGACAAGGCCGCCCACGAGGCUCACUCUGUCACUGAGAUCACCUCCAACUGCUUCGAGCCCCACAACCAGAUGGUCAAGUGUGACCCCCGCAACGGAAAGUACAUGGCCACCUGUCUGCUCUACCGUGGUGAUGUCGUCCCCAAGGAGGCCCACGGUGCCGUGGCCACCCUCAAGACCAAGCGCACCAUCCAGUUCGUCGACUGGUGCCCUACUGGCUUCAAGCUCGGUAUCUGCUACCAGCCUCCCCAGCAGGUCCCCAACGGCGACCUUGCCAACCUCAGCCGUGCUGUCUGCAUGCUGUCCAACACUACCGCCAUCGCCGAGGCCUGGUCCGCUCUCGACCACAAGUUCGAUCUCAUGUACUCCAAGCGUGCCUUCGUUCACUGGUACGUUGGUGAGGGUAUGGAGGAGGGUGAGUUCUCUGAGGCUCGUGAGGAUCUCGCUGCUCUGGAGCGUGAUUACGAGGAGGUUGCCUCCGACUCUAUCGAGGGUGAUGAGGACCUGGAGCCCGAGUACUAGAUUAGCCAUGUUAUGUGACUGGUCUUCGGGACUCUUGGUUGUUUCACUUCUACGGGUUGGCUUGGGGACCAACAUGAGUCUAGAGGUUCGGUCUGCAUGCGUCUAUCGGGCUUCUUGCAAAUAGAAGGGAACAUAAGUUUUGCUGCCAAUGAUUUUCUGGCUUUGUUGUUCGAUAUAUCUUUAAUAUCCCUUAAGCAGCGAUGAAAUUUCCCCUCGUUCCAUCCACCUUUGGGGUUUCUACAUACGUAUGUCAUUGUUAUUACUCUCUGAA